GGUGGUUGCUAGGCAACGUCUGUACUAAACGGCACGCUUCGGAGGAGAGUGGGUAGCAAACAUGGAGCAAAAAAUGCGUCUCUCUGCCAGAAACACUGGACCGUCUCUAAACGACCGAACCGGACUGUUUCAUCAGAACAUCCAGGACAGAGGAAGCAUCAGGGACCAAAACUCUGAGGCCACCAUCAAGAAGAGCCCUGAGACCACCUGCCAGCAGAGAGAGGAGAGCAGGAGACGGAGCAGAAAACUGACGGCAGCUCAGACUGAAGGGGACCCUAUGAGAAGUAUGGCGCUCACGGAUAAGGAGACCUGCAUCAGGAUGCAAGGAAAGGCAACCCAUGCAACAUUACAGCAGCAGGUUUUUUCCAAGACAAAGCGCCUCAAUUCCCUGAAGCACACUACGAAAACUCUCCAGCAGCGCCUCGACGAGCUGAAGACGGAACACGAGAGGCUGAAGCAGCAGCGCAGCAGUGAAGCAGAGGAGGAUGCCGUGACACUGCGUAGACUGGAGAACAGUCUGGAGACUCCACGCCUCAAGUUGAGGUUGGCCCAGAGCAUCAUGGCUUCAACCCAGAAACUGAUAAAUCACUUUCAGGACCAGAGCCUGACUCAUGAGGGCCAGCUGGAUGCGCUUGAAACUGAGAUCCUGAAGGAAAGAGGGAAGCUUCAGAAGCUGCAGAUCAGGAAACGCAACGCUCAGCUUCUCAAAGACGGCUGUCAGGCUGAACAACAGCAGCAGGAGCAGGAGGACCAACUUCUUCUCAAAGACCUCAAGGAGACAGAGCAGAGAUUAGAAAAUUACAUCAAGAAGCUUGAAGACGUUAAUGGAAAAGCUGAAAAAACUGAGAAAAAACUGCAGCCAGAUGAGAUGAGCAUUGAGGCCCAGGACAGCAGCAGCAGCAGCCUGGCAGACGAGGAGAAGACGGUCGCCUCGGCCUAUGAGGAGGCCUUCAGGCUCAUCAAGGACUGCACGGGAAUCACAGACGUAGAGGAUUUAGUGGAGUGCUUCGUCUCACAGAGGGACACUCUGAACACUUUGGAGAGUUUGAUGAUGAAGGAGAAGAAGGAGGAGCUGGAGCUGGCGGAGCAGCUGACACUUCUGGAGAAAGAGCUGGAGGAGGUGAAACACCAGGGGGCAGCUCUACUGUUCAGUGAGGAAGAGCACCAGGAGGAGCGCAGGCGUCAGCUGGAGGCUCUGCAGCAGAGGUGCGAUGUUACCAAAAGGCGCCUGGACUCGCUGGAGAUAACCCUCAGUACUGCGAGGAACGGCGUGGAGUGUCUGGCGCAGAAAUUGCAGCACAUUGAGCUGAGUGAGCAGACCGCCAAUGAAGUUCCUCCAGAUUCACCAGAGUUCAUCCUGGAGCUUCUGACCACGUGUACACGGAAACUGCAGCUGUUAUACGAGCAGCUGGAGGGCAAAGACCUGGAUGCCAUCAUGAAGGAGAUGAAGAAAGACAAGAAUUUCCAGGACUUCCUGGAGAGGAACCUGUCUGAGAGCAACGUCAGAAUCCAGCGGCCUGGUAGACAAACUCCAGAGCAGACCAAGGAUGGAGACGUUCGCGGCGUGGACGAGGACACCAUCGCCUCCCGGGAAACUUUGAAGAAGAAGUCUCAGCUGAUCGCUGAGUCCAACGCCAAGAAGAACCCAUGGAAGAAGAAGACGACCAGGAUGUGAAAAGAACCGUCUGCUUCAGUGUUUGACGAUAAAUCUUUUGAAGAAUGAA